AUGGACGCUGUAGACAACAGCAGCUACCAAAAUCACCAUCUAGGACAUAUGCGGCGCCUGCUGCCUGGUAGCUGGCGUGUGGCUUCCGAGAUCUCGCGGUACACGCGCUAUAAUUGGGCAGUAAUGAAUUUCCGGGCGCAGAACAGAGUGAACUCACACGUGGGUGCCCAGCUUUCUUGUGUGCUCCUCAGCGCAAACCCGACGUUCCCCGCACAUCGAACCCUUAUGCGACACGCCAGCAGUGACACGCGUUACAAGCCGUGCGUACGCGCUGGCAGCUAA